AGAAUUCAAUGUACAAGCCGAGUUAGAAAACUAUCAUUUGAGUUAUUGCAAGCCCUGUAAGAAGAGUUUUGUAACCAAUGGCUUUUAUCGUGAAUACAAUCGCUGCAUGCAUCUACUUUGGAUCAACAGAAAUACUCUUAAAAUCAACCCGAACAUCAAACCUGAUCCGUAUGAUCUCAGCAAUUACUGUUGUUCAUGUGAUUACACUUAUAAGAGUGUCAUCACUUUUCACGCCCGUUUGAAAAAGAGGCAUCGCAUACGAUGGCGUUGUUUUCUUUCUAAAAACAAAACUAGCUCAUAAGAUUCCAAUCUCAAUACUGCCAGCCAAGAUAGUUCAGAUACAACUGUUCAACAUACACCCGAUACAACCAAUGAACAAGAAGUGUUAGAUACAGCUAUUGACCAGAAUAUACAGAUAUUCACGCACGACUAUGUCAUUUACGACUAUUUGCCUCGUAUUAACCAAACAGAUAAUUAUUGUCAGGGUUGUCGGACAACCUUACUUAACAAGAGCCAAUUCAAAGCUCAUAUUCGCCACUAUCAUCAAAUGAAUACUAAAUAACUUUUGUUUAUCUUACGAAAAAAGCUUCUGUUUAAUA